AGCAUAAGCGGAUUGCUGCAAAACGUGAUACGUGGGAAGUAGAGGAAACACGGUUCCUUUUGAGACUAAUCCGCGAAAAGCAAGUGUUGAAAUCGUUGGAUGGAAAGAGAUUUCGAGCAGUCGACAUCUUUCAACAUCUAGAAGAACCGAUGCAUGAGAGAGGAUAUUUGAAGAAUGCCAAACAAAUGCAAACCCGUUUUAAAACAUUACGAUUUCAAUACAAUAAGUGUAAACGGCAAUUGAGUACAAGUGGUGCACAAAACUGUCGAUCGGACUUUCCCUUCUAUGAAGAAAUGAACGUUCUCCUAGGCGAUAGGCCAGUUUCACAACUGCAAGGUGUCGAUUCUGCACAAUGUUCGUCCAAGGAAUCAAAUUCAGAAUCGGACCAAUACGCAGAGGACGAUUAUGAAAAUACAGAUGUCGACACAACAUUAACUCAAGAACAAGAUGAUUUACAAGAGAAUACCCCCGAUCACGCUGCUGAGGAGUACAAUGCGACCCAGGAGUCUGAUGAACCAGUGCCAAAAAGAAGACGUUACUCUGAGAAAGGAGGACGACGAUCGUACCAACAAAACAUAGAAAAUUAUGCUAGAAUUUCAAAGCAAAAUUCUCUUGAAGUGCAGGAACGGCAAAUCGAGAGUGUUUCACAACUAUUUCUACAGCAAAGGGAAUAUGAAAAGGAAAUGAUGAAUAACUUUAUGGAACAACAUAAAGAGAUCAUGCAGCAAACAACGAAUGCCAUAAUUAGUUGUUUAAAUAAUGUUUUCCAUGUUCAUGAAUUGAAUAGACCAUCUACUUCUCGUUCUGAACCUAGCCGGCCGAGGGAACAUGUCAAGGGAUGUUUGUGUGUACAAUGUAUUAAUGUGGAAUAAGGACUUUAUUUUUUCUACAGUAAAUUUUUAUAAAAUACUUUGUAACAAUUUACAAUACAUUGUCUACUUAUA